UAGUGUUCCUGUGUUACCUCGUUGCAGCAGUUCCCAUCAAUAACCCUGAGGCAUGAUCCCAACGCGCAAAUAUCUCGCGCGUGAAGUUCUGCAGAGCAGCUAAGCUUUGAUAGUUUGAUGCAUCAUGUAUGUAUGACCAACGAGGAGGCUGAGCCUCAUUUGCCUUUCUAUUUCUGGCUCCCUGCCCCAUUCUCCUUUCUCCCUCCACACAAACUAUAAUCUCUCGGAUUCUUCACUUCACAAACCUGCUCUCUACAGAUCGCGAUUUCAUGAAUGGCCACCCACCGGAAAUUCAAAUUCCGGCCUCCCUUUCCGACUUGAAUGCACAAUUUCAUUGCCAUCCGGAGGGUCUAAGCCAUGACGACCAAGAAUAACAUGUAAUCAAUCAUAAGAAAUCCUCCACGACCUUCAGCUUGAGCUUCCAUCAUCACACACCAAAGCUUUUUUGUUUGUUUGUGUUUGAGUGGGUUCUGUUGGUCAGUUCCACUGCAAUGGCGGCGAGCAACACUGCCACAACGCCUUCCGUGGACUCCGCUUCAGCAGAGGAGCUAUCAGCGAAAGCCGUUAACAAGCGAUACGAAGGGUUGGUCAUGGUUAGGACCAAGGCAGUCAAGGGAAAAGGGGCUUGGUACUGGGCGCACCUCGAACCUAUGCUGGUUCACAACGCUGACACCGGUCUUCCCAAAGCGGUGAAGCUACGCUGCUCUCUCUGCGACGCCGUUUUCUCAGCUUCCAACCCUUCUCGCACAGCCUCCGAGCACCUCAAGCGUGGGACUUGCCCCAAUUUCAAUUCCGCUGCCAAACCCAUUUCCUCUGUUUCUCCCACCGUCGCUGCCAUGGCCUCCUCUCCCUCUCCUACGGCCAACCACAACCACCGCAAGAGGAGUUCCACUUCGUCCGCCGCCGCCACGGCCGGUCCUGCUACGUCGUACCACGUGACGCCGCUGGCGGUGGUGGAUCCGUCGCGGUUCUGCGGGGAGAUCGCGUACACAUCGUCAGGCUCCACGGCGAUUACACCGGUGGGUCUGCUGGCGCAGCAGCCGCAUUUGAUGCUGUCGGGAGGAAAAGACGAUUUGGGAGCUCUGGCUAUGUUGGAAGACAGCGUGAAGAAGCUCAAGAGUCCAAAAACGUCCCCCGGUCCAACGCUGAGCAAGACGCAGGUGGAGACGGCCUUGGAUUUCUUGGCCGAUUGGGUAUACGAGUGUUGUGGUUCGGUUUCGCUUUCGAGCCUGGAGCAGCCGAAGUUCAGGGCGUUCCUGAACCAGGUUGGUUUGCCGGCGGUUUCUGGGAGGGAGUUGAUUGGCGGGAGGUUGGAUUCGAAGUUCGAGGAGGCGAAGGCGGAGUCGGAAGCUCGGAUGAGAGACGCCAUGUUCUUUCAGUUAUCGACGGAAGGUUGGAAAGCAAAGAGCAGUGAGGAGAAUGGGAAUGUGGUGAAGGUGACUGUGAAUCUGCCGAAUGGGACCAGUUUGUACAGAAGAGCUGUGUUUGUGAGUGGCUCUGCUCCUUCAAAGUACGCAGAGGAGGUUCUGAGGGAGACAAUCACUGCCAUUUGCGGGAAUGUUGUUGACAAGUGUGUUGGCAUUGUUGCGGACAGAUUCGGCUCCAAUGCUCUCAGAAAUUUGGAGUCUCAGAAUCAUUGGAUGGUUAAUCUCUCUUGUCAGUACCAAGCCUUCUCCUCUCUAAUCAAGCAUCUCACCAAGGAACUUCCCUUCUUUCCCACCGUCACUCGCAACUCUUUCAAGAUCGCCUCCUUUCUCAAUUACAACUCUCCCCAUCUCAGGAAUGCUUUCCACAAGUACCAAUUGCAGGAGUACGGCCACGCCUCCAUGCUGCGAAUGCCGCCUCCCCCGCCCGACUCUCAUCAUGCUUUCUUCACCCUUGGCCCUCUCUUUGACGUCAUGGACGACACGCUGGCUUCUGCCCGUGCCUUGCAGCUUCUCCUGCACGAUGAACACUUCAAGAUUCUCUCCAUUGAAGACCCAAGCGCCAGGGAGGUCGGGGAUAUAAUCGGAGACGUUGGAUUCUGGAACGACUUGAACGCUGUUCACUCGCUCGUGAAACUGGUCAGGGACCUAGCUCAGGAAAUUGAGUCAGAAAGGCCGCUUGUUGGUCAAUGCCUUCCGUUGUGGGAAGAGGUGAGAGCCCAAGUGAAAGAAUGGUGUUCUAAGUUCCACAUGGCAGACGGAGCGGUGGAGAAGGUCGUCGAGAGACGCUUCAAGAAGAACUACCACCCUGCUUGGGCUGCCGCCUACAUCCUGGACCCGCAGUAUCUUGUGAGAGACACCUGCGGAAAGUACCUGCCGCCGUUCAAGUGCUUGACGGCGGAGCAGGAGAAGGACGUGGACAAGCUCAUAACAAGGCUUGUUUCGAGGGAGGAGGAGCACAUUGCUCUGAUGGAGCUCAUGAAGUGGAGAACGGAAGGGCUUGAUCCCGUGUAUGCACGCGCCGUGCAGAUGAAGGAGAGGGAUCCUGUUACCGGCAAGAUGAGAAUUGCGAACCCGCAGAGCAGUAGGCUCGUUUGGGAAUCAUAUCUGACCGAGUUCAAGUCCUUGGGGAGGGUUGCUGUUAGGCUCAUUUUUCUUCAUGCAACUUCUUCUUGUGGCUUCAAAUUGAACUGGAAUGUGUGGAGAUGGGUUUCUAGGGGGCAAAGACACUCCACCACCGCACUCGAAAGGGUGCAGAAAUUAAUAUUCAUUGCUGCUCAUUCCAAAUUGGAGAGGAGAGAUUUUUCCACUGAUGAACAUAAGGACGCAGAGCUUCUUGAUUUCCCAAAUUCUGACGAUGAUGUCUUGAACGACGUUCUUGUCGAUACAUCUUCCGUCUAG